AUGGAGGAAGCUCUGCCUAGGCCAUACAAAAUAGAGUACAGGAUUGACCACAUCCAGCUAGAACAGGGGCGAAAUCCGCACCCUAUCAAUGCUUUGAAUGAAAUGGGGGCACUACAGAGAAUGAUCAGGGAGAUGAUGGAGCCUGAAGCCAGGAGAGGAGAAAGGCCCACCUACAAAAAGCCAUAUCCGACUUACAUUGAUCAGAUACCUUUAUCCCUGGGUUUCAAGGUGCCAAACUUCACCUUGUUCAACGGAGAAGACCCCCAUGCUUCAUUAGUUGAGCAUAUAGGCAGAUUCUCUAUCCAAUGCAUUGCCAUAGAAAAUAUCCCUCUCCUACCAGCCAACUCUGUUCAAACCUGGGAGCAGAUGGAAAAUGUUUUCCAUGACUACUAUUUCAGGAUCCAGCCAGAAGUCACCAUCAGUGAUCUGGCUACCCUCAAACAGAGUGAAGAUGAGCUUGCUCAGGACUUCAUAACCAAAUUCAAAAAGCUCAAGAUGAAAUGCCGAAUCCCUACGGAAGAAAGGUACUUCAUCCAGAUGGCUCAAACCGCCCUUAAGAUCUCUUUGAUGGGAUGCUGCUUGGAGACCUAG